CCCUGCAAAAAGUAAACGUUGGGAAAAAAAUGAAUUGUUGUUGUAGUGAACUAUUUCAACUGUAGGUGGCAGCAGAGAACAAAUUAGAUAAGAGGACAGGGGGACUUCGUAGCUUCGUGACCUCACUUCCUGUGGUAUGUCUGUCUGUGUUAUAACUGACCCCGGACCAGCCUGUUCGAACUGACGGUCCAGCAGAGUCGCACGUCGGGUACUGAUCCCGGAUCAGUUACCGGAGCGGCUCCACUGAAGCGGCGCCACUUCCGGGAGCUGCAUCUCUGUCAAGGUCUGAGCAAAGAUGAGCGCGUUUUACCAAAGCCUGCGGGCGCUAAACCCGCACAGGUUCAGCGGCAGCUUCACGCAAAUUUUUAUCCGUGGAGCAACGGGGCUUAGACCAGCGCUGUGCCCGCAGGGAGUCCACUGCUGCCCGGUGAACCAGAGAGCCCUGCAGUGGAGGGCCCUCUCCUCGCUGCCCCCUCCCCCUUCAUCCGGGGAGCAGCCUAAAAAGUCCGGGCCCGUCACCUGGAGGUCUUUGGCGGUGACGUUCGCGAUCGGCGGUGCGUUGCUGGGAGUGAUGAAAUACUUCAAGAAAGAGAAGGAAGAACUGCUGGAGAAGGAGCGCAACAAAUCCAUCGGGAGGCCGGCGCUGGGGGGGCCCUUUUCAUUGGUCGACCACAACAACAAACCCACCAAGAGCCAGGACUUCCUGGGCCAGUGGGUCCUCCUGUACUUCGGCUUCACGCACUGCCCCGACAUCUGCCCCGAUGAGAUAGAGAAGAUGAUCGAAGUGGUGGAUGAAAUCGAUAAAAUACAGUCUCUUCCAAACCUGACCCCCCUCCUCAUCACCAUCGACCCGGAGCGGGACACUCCAGAGGCCAUGGCUGCUUACGUCAAAGAAUUUUCGCCGAAGCUGAUCGGCCUGACGGGAUCGACCGCUCAGAUCGAGGAGGUUUCCCGCGCCUACAGAGUUUACUACAGCCAGGGGCCGAAGGACGAGGACAACGACUACAUCGUGGAUCACACCAUCAUCAUGUAUCUCAUCGGACCGGACGGAGAGUUCGUGGAGUAUUUUGGACAGAACAAAAGAGGCGUGGAGAUCUCCAACUCCAUAGCAGCUCACAUGAGGAAGCACAGGAAGAAGUGAGCCGCUGCUCCGAGUCCCCGAGUCCCGCCCCUCGGGUCUAUCUGCUCAUCACCGCCGUCUUAUUUCUGCCUUUAUUUAUAUAUUUUUUUACACUAUUAUAAAGUCCUGCUGGGUGCAGUGGAAGUUCUUUGUUUCCUGAGAAACUUGACACUGACUGAUGAACAAACUGAAUUACUUUUCCAAGUCAUUGGUUUCUACUUAGUGUUUUAUAUAAGAAAUCUAAUUCCAGUGGAUUUUUUUUAAUAAACUGAAAUUAGGAGCUGCAUUUCCA